CGCUGAAGAUGGUUGGGCAGUCACUAUCUAAGUUGAAAGCAUACCGUCACUGUAUCUUUUGCUUUUAAAAAAUUUAAAAAUUGAUACUUGAACAAUAAGAGCGAUGUCAAAUAGCAAAGCAUACAUUUCACUUGUUCUUUAAAUAACCGUUCUUUGUUGCUUUAAGUGAUAUCAGGCAGUGACUGAGUUCCAGUCGGUGAGAGAGGGUUGGCUUUUUUUCUUUUGCUAUCUUUCGUUUAAUUCUUGUCGGAGAAACAUGGCUAAGACAUUCGGGUUGAGCCAUCUUUUCAUGACCAUUUUUCUCCAUCACUUCUCCACAUUCAUGGUGAUCCCCGCCAUUACCGAUGUUACAAUGUCUGCGCUUUGUCCCGGAAGAGAUGAAUGUUCAUUGGCCAUUUACCUGACGGGAUUUCAACAAGCGAUUAUAGGGCUGGGAACUCUUGUGAUGAUGCCUUUGGUGGGGAAUCUCUCCGACAAAUAUGGAAGGAAAGCUUUGCUCACGGUUCCAAUGUGUCUCACCAUAAUUCCAUUAGCCAUAUUGGCUUACAGCAGGACGAGGGGUUUCUUCUACGCCUACUACAUUCUCAGGACUCUCACUGCCAUGGUUUGUGAAGGAAGUGUCCAUUGCCUUUCUCUUGCUUAUGUGGCAGACAAUGUUCCAGAAGGGCGACGAGCUUCUGUGUUUGGAAUAUUAUCUGGGAUGGGAUCGUGUGCUUUCGUCUGUGGAAACGUAUCCACUCGUUUCCUUUCCACUUCCUCCACUUUCCAGGUUGCUACAUCAGUGGCUAUUGUAGCUGCAUUGUAUAUGAGGAUUUUCCUCCCGGAUUCAAUCAGGGAUGGAAGUUUGUAUACUCCAAUACUCUCAAAGGGGAAAGCAGACAUUAAUUGUCCAGUGGAAGAGAAAGAUUCAACUGACAAAGUUCAACUAUUCGAAGGACUUCCUUCUAUUGAGGAUAUGGUCUUCUUGUUGAAGAGCAGCACAACAUUUUCACAGGCUGCAGUAGUUGCAUUUUUCAGUAAUCUUGCUGAUCUUGGUCUCCAUGCUUCAAUGAUGUACUACUUAAAGGCCAAGUUUCACUUCAACAAGAAUCAGUUUGCUGACUUAAUGGUGAUUUCAGGGAUUGCAGGGACUAUAUCUCAGCUACUUCUGAUGCCCAUAUUGGCUCCUGUUCUAGGAGAGGAGAGACUGCUUUCAAUUGGACUCCUAUUUAACUGUGCUCAUAUGUUUCUGUACAGCGUUGCGUGGUCCGUCUGGGUUCCUUAUGCAGCUGCUGUAUUCUCCAUUUUUUUCGUUUUUGCACAUCCUUGUAUGCGGACCAUUGUAUCUAAACAAGUUGGGUCCUGUGAGCAGGGGAAGGCUCAAGGUUGCAUUUCGGGCAUUUGUUCCUUGGCUAGUGUUGUUUCUCCCUUAGCUUUUUCCCCUCUAACAGCUCUGUUCCUGUCUGAAAGAGCACCCUUCAAUUUCCCUGGUUUCAGUAUUAUGUGCAUCGGAUUUGCUUCGAUGAUAGCCUUCAUUCAGAGUAUCAUGAUAAGGGCAGCUCCUCGAAUCCCAUUUCAGAGAGUCAGCUGUUGCAACCCUGCUCUGGCCUAGUCUUGGGGAUGUGAUUUUUAGAGCUUAAAUCAUUCCUAGCAGUCUAAAAUCUUCCUGUUGGGCCUCACUAUACUCCAAAUCUUUCAAUGAGGCCAACAUAUUUAAGAGAAGUAUGAGAUUUUUAAGUUAUCAAACAUCAGAAUUUUCCACAAUGCUGGAGUCUAAUUGUAGAAGCACUCCAUUUUGACAAUUCCUGUGUUAUAUCACAGAUUGCAUAUUUAUAUAGGCUAAAACGAUGCUGGUUAUGGACCAUUGUAUAAGGAAUCAGUUGAAUUUCCUUCCCUGUAAAAUGCGUUUGAUCACACCUGUAUCUCAGUCGUUCACAUGCCUCUUUCAUA